AUGAAAUCGCUGGGGUUGCUUUUGCUGCUCUUGGGCAUUUUUUGCCUGAGUCGAUGUCAAGAGGAUAGCGAGAAUGUUCGAAGGAUAAUGAAGGAAAUGGAUGUAGUGCCGGAUAUUUUAGAAGAGCCACCAAAGGAACUACUCAGGGUUAGAUAUGACAACACUUUUGACAUUGAAGAGGGCAAGUCAUACACUCCAACAGAGCUGAAAUUCCAACCCAGAUUGGAUUGGAAUGCCGAUCCUGAGUCCUUUUACACCGUGAUUAUGAUCUGUCCCGAUGCUCCGAACCGUGAAAAUCCCAUGUACCGUUCAUGGCUCCAUUGGUUGGUGGUUAAUGUCCCCGGAUUGGAUAUAAUGAAGGGACAACCGAUUUCGGAUUAUUUUGGACCUCUUCCGCCCAAGGAUAGUGGCAAUCAACGCUACCUUAUCCUGGUAUAUCAGCAAUCGGAAAAGUUGGCCUUUGACGAAGAGAAAAUCGAGAUGAGCAACGCCGAUGGUCACAGCAAUUUCGAGGUGAAGAAAUUCGCUCAGAAAUACGAAAUGGGAAAUCCUGUGGCAGGGAAUAUAUUCCAAUCCAGAUGGGAUGAGUAUGUACCAGAGUUGAUGAAGACCCUUUAUGGAGUCAAUGAGUAGAGAUCGAUAAAAGCAAUCGGAUGGUUAGCAGUUCCUUGGUUGAGUUGUGCACAAAUCUGUUCUUUAAUAUUUCUUUAAUGUAUAAUAUUUGCUAAAUAAAUUAGUUA